AUGAUGAGAUGUUCAAUUGUCAUCAUUUUGAUCUAUGCUUUCAUUAUCGCUGUAAAUGCUAAAAAGAAUACUCCAACUUGUCAACCACAACAACAAAAUCCGAAGUUGAAAGACGUGAAUGUUCCGCGGACACUUUUGUUGUUUACUAUUGGUUAUGAUGCAUCUGACGCAGAUGUAAGUUUUCCAGGAAAUUAUACAAAGAAAACUAAAAGAAAAUUUGUAGAGGGAAAAGAUGACAUUUGUUGUUCGACAAACUGCUUGCUGGGUUCCACAACAUGCAAAUAUAACUUCUGGCUACUAUUUUAUUCCACACAGCUCGGUGAUUGACAAUAGAGAACUUAAGAACAUAGUGGACAAAAUAUCUGAGAAUUCAAAAAGUAAGAACUUUUCAAAAAAUUCAAUAUGAACAUAUUUAUUGCAGAAACUGAUAAGGUAUCAUGCGAAAAAUUUGAGGAAAGUCUCAAAAAAUUAAAAGAUGAUAGCGCCGUGGGGAACUAUGACAGCAUCAAAGUCAUUGGACACAUGGGAAAAAUCGCAGACGAUUGUGAUUAUGCUCUCCAAUGGAAAAAUGCACAACUCGAUUCGAAAUUCGAAUUCUUCAUGAUUCGAUUCGACAACAAGAAAGAUCCUGGGAUCAUUUCAUUGAAUUAUGAAAAUGUUGCUAGUAUCGAUGUAUCUCGUAAGUUUCAAUCAUCUAUUUAAUUUUCCAUAAAAUAUUCUCGCGUUUACAGAAACAUCCCCUCCUGCUGAACUCAAAAACGUCACUGGCACAUUGUAAGUUGAAAUUUCGAAAUUCUGGAAUCUCAAAAUCAAUAUCAAUUUUUCCAGCAUGAAUUAUGUUCUUGGCGCUGAAACACCACCAAAAGCUGUCAAAACCGAAGAUGAGUUCCAGUUUCCUGAUUGGGCCUAUAUUGUGAUUGUUGCUGUUGUUCUUGUUCUUUUAAUUGCUGCAGCACUUCUCUUUUGCUAUUGCAAAAAGAAGCUCUGCUUCAAGAAAAAGAAUAAAGGUGAAUAUUUUAUUGGUGAAAAAUUUAGCUAAUGUUUUUGUUUUUUCAGAUUCCAACUCUAAUAAGCCACAAAUAGUUAUUGGCACCAGCAAACCGGCACCAGCUGCUACAGCUGUAACUGCUUCAGCAUCGGGAACAGCUUCUCCAGCCGCCGGACCUGUUGCAAACCCAGUUGUUCCUACUCCAGUUGUUGCUGCUCCUCCGGUCCCUGCUGGUGCGCCACCACCUGCAGCUGCUCCGGUCCCUGCUGAUGCGCCACCACCUGCAGCUGCUGAACCAAGUGCCAGCGGUAAGUUUUUUCUCAGUUGACAAGGGUGUUUUUUUUUUUUUUGCGCGAAUUCAAAAUUUUGGCGAAGGUCCCAGAACUUCAGAGCGGGCCCGAUCUUUUGAGAAAAUCAGAUUUUGUCGUCUUACUCCUCAUUUUUAUUUUCAUUUAGAUCGAUGCGUUGAUCGAAGCAAUGUUUUACGAGAGGAUCCAUCACUUGGUUUUCUUGAUCUCCAUACGGUUGACACAACCGGCAGCGGCGGAAACAAAGGAGAUCAUGGUAAUGAAAAAGACAAGAAAAAAUGA